GUGAGGCCGGCCUUUCAGAAAUGCAGUGUUUGCUUCAUGGCUGAAACUGUGGCGGAUCGAACUUUUCCAGGAGAUACCAGCAGUCUGCUGUGAACCCGGAGCGGGAGCGUAGCGAUUAAAGCUGCUCUCCACGGUGGAAGAUCCCAGCUUCAGGUCAGACGUCCUCGCUGAGUCUUUGGAGUUGUGGAGAAACAGAAAUACCUCUUUAAGCUCCUUAUGACACCCUGCUGGCAGCGUCAAGCUCUCCUUCUCUUCCUCCAUCUUGGAGCCUUCCCAAAGACAAAGGCGACACCCACUCUGGACCUCUGACUGCGUCGGUUCCCUUGUGGACCAGAUGACCGAGCCGUGUCCUGAUAGAUUAUUCUCACAGCCGUUUCCUGAGCCGAAGUCACAUUUUUACGAGCAGCCGGGCAGAAAAGUGGAGUUCUUCUGUCCCGGUUCAAGAUGAAGACACAUCAUGUUGUCCUCUAGGCUGGAAAGGAUGGCUGUGUAGAAAGCAUGCAGAUUAAAGUGCUUCCUACUGGUGCCUUCAGCUAGGCUAAGCCUUCUUGACCUACAUUUAAGAAAUAUUGUUUUAUAAUUUAUUAAAAGCCACUGCCUUAAAAACUGUAAUAAAGGAGGAACCUUUCUUCCACUGGAAGGAAACACAUGAAGCAACAUCUAAUUAGCUCAAAACUUUAGACUACUUCCUGGCAAACAAAAUACUCAGAAGUAGCUGUUAUGUUUUUGAUGCUGGAGAUGCACAUGAUCAAACCCCAAGUGGUAGUUUUUGGUUCUGCAGCCCAGAGGCCCGCUUGGAUUUGACCAUGUUGGGUUCCUCCUGGACGUAGGUCCCUCUCAACCAGAGGGCCGACAUGGCAGUCGGUAAGAUCACCUUCACCAAGACCGAAAGGGAGAAACUAGCUGAAGUCCUCUGGCUGCUCAACUGGAUCUCUGUCGUGACCGGAGCCAUUCUCUUCGGACUGGGCCUGUUUCUCAAAAUAGAGAUCCAGAAGUGGCAGGAAGUGAUGUCAGAGCAGGGCAUUCUCUACGUGCCACACAUGCUGAUCACCACAGGACUGGCGGCCUGCGGCAUCAACUACCUCGGCAGUAAGAUCUGCCUGGACUGCGCCGACACCAACAAGUUCCUGCGCUGGAAGCUGGUGAUGAUGCCGUACAUCGUUUGCACCUUCUUCUUUACCGCCUGUGUCCUGGCGGGGGCGCUCAUGUGCUACAGCGUCCGCAGUCAGCUGGAGGAGUCCCUGUACCUGGGCCUGAGGAACACAAUGCGCUUCUAUAAGGACACGGACACACCUGGCCGCUGUUACCUGAAGAAAACCCUGGACCUGCUGCAGAUCCAGUUCCAGUGCUGCGGCAACGCCGACUACCGAGACUGGUUUCAGAUUCAGUGGGUCAGCAACCGCUACCUCGACAUGACCGACAGUGCUGUGGUGGACCGUGUGAGGAGCAACGUGGACGGGAAGUACCUGAUGGACAGCGUUCCCUUCAGCUGCUGCAGCACUUUGUCCUCCAGACCCUGCAUCCAGCACAACCUCAGCAACCCUGCAGCCCACGCACACUACGACGAGCAGAGCCAGCAGCUGAACCUGUGGAGGAGAGGCUGCCAACAGGCCCUGCUGGACCACUACACCGGGAUCAUGCAGUCCAUCGGCCUCACAGUGCUGCUCAUAUGGCUCUUUGAGCUGCUGGUUCUGACCGGAGUCCGGUACCUGCAGACCGCCAUGGAGAACGUCAUCCGGCUCGGUGACCCAGAGUCGGAGUCGGAGGGCUGGAUCCUGGAGAACAGCCUGGCAGAAACAGCCUGCUACAACUUCAACAUCAUCAAGAACCUGGGAAAGUGUUACCAGGUGGACGACGACCCGAACAUCAACGUCCCGACGGCGGCUGCGGACCGGGAGGUUCCGUCGCACCAAGUCCGGGUCAACGUGACCAGCUGACACCCUGGUUCUGAACUGAUGUGGAGGAAACAGCAUCAAAACGUUCUGCCUUCAGACAAAAAAAGUUAAACAAAGA